AUCGCCGGAACUCGCGAGUGACGGACGUGUGUAUUGCGCGUCGGAAUAAAUUAUUUAUUAUUCUCUCGAGAUGGAUACUAAAUGUAAUGGCUGUGAUAAAGUCAUUUAUGAUAUUUGCUACAUGGAGUGUUCUAGAGAAAAAUGCAUGAAGUUAUACCAUCUUAAGUGCUUGGGAAUAGCGAAGGAGGCAUUUGAUGAACUUACCCAAGAACAAAAGGUCAGCUGGAUAUGUCCCGAGUGUGUGUGCAGCAACCCGAAACGCGGUAACUCAGAUACUCCCGUAAGAACUAGCGUACUAAAUAAAAUAUUUACGCCGAGUUAUGUAAACACCGAGCGAGGGAGUCGUCCCAAUCAAGCCGAUAUAUCACUGACAUACGAUGAAAUGAGAGUGGCGGAAGAAUUAAGAGAGCUUCGAGUGCAGAUGGAUUCACGAUUUGAUGUACAGAUGAAUGCUUACAAGCAAUUGCAAGACAGAUUCUGCAAGUCCGAAAUCGAGCUUCAAGAAAUACGGAAACAACUGACGGUAGCCCAAGAAAAAAGUUCAACCGUAGAAGCCCUCGAAAACAUAGUAAAAUCACUGCAGGACAGAAAUAAAUACUUGGAAGCUUGUUUGGUUGAAAAGGAUAAGCAGGCUGUGGAGACUUUGAAUGAUAAGAAACAACUGAUAUUAGCCACAAAAGAAGUAGCGCAAAGAAAAUCGGCGGAGGUAGAAGUGUCUGCGUGUGUGGCCACGAAAUCUACGACCGAUACGCUAGUAUUAGAACCCAUUAUUAUCAAUUCAAAGACCAAGAGCAAAGACCGAAAUAAUGAUUUAGUUAAGUCAAUGCCAGAAUUAAUCAACAAAGAUAAAGAUGAUUGGGUACAGGUAACAAAGAGAAAGGGCAGAUACCAUAAAACGGAAGUUAAAAAAGGAGGAAGUGUCAAUAUCUUAGAUAUUCAAGGAACAGAGAAGAAAAAAUAUCUGCAUGUGUGGCGGUUAAAAAAAGAAACUACAAAAGAAGCUAUGGAAACAUACGUUAAAAAAAUCUGUGGCCAAGAAGUACCGGUACAAAUUGAGAAAAUUACACCUAAAACGGACAGAGACUACUCUUCGUUUAUGGUUGGAGUACCAGAACGUUUCUAUGAAAAACUGUGCCAGUCAGACGUUUGGCCUAUAAAUGUGGAGUACAGCGAGUGGAUAUUUUUUCGUAGACCAUCCAAUAAAUCACGCGUAUCCUCGUAG